AUGGCUCCAAUGGCUACUACAGAGGGCCUCAAGAACGGCACCGAAUCCGGUCCCAGCCAUAUUAAUGUGUCCAAAGCCAAUGGAUACCACUUGGACAGCAACGGCACCAAUGGUCACAACGGUCACAACGGCUCGACACCCAGAUAUGCCGGCUUCUCGCCUGCUUCAACAGACUCACGCCCGCAGACAGCGUCCUCAAAAUCUUAUCAAGAGGAGCCCCCCUCCAAUGGUAUCAGAUACAGCAAAUCUCACAGGAUCCCGACCUUCGGAAUUCACGAAGAAGACAACGCCCCUAGAUCAAGGAGCUACGCCAACAUCCGCACAUAUGCCGACGAUGCCCGAAGGCAAUAUCCUCGCAUAUCAAAGCCGGUUGAGCUGAUGCGCAGCAGCUAUGAUGUCGUUGUCAUUGGUUCAGGGUACGGUGGUGCUGUCGCCGCAUCUCGCCUCGCCCGUUGCCAAGAUGCCAACGGCAAGCGUCAGUCUGUAUGUGUACUGGAGCGAGGAAAAGAGAAGUGGCCUGGUGAAUAUCCUACUGGCGUUCUCGAUGCCUUUGACGAGCUUCACGUUUCCGGCGAGUUUGCCCCUGGUUGGCUCCCCAGCACAACUGUGGAAAAGGGUGACCCGACUGGCAUGUACCACUUGAUCUUCGGGAAGGGGCUGAACGCCGUCGUUGGCAAUGGCCUGGGUGGCACGAGUUUGAUGAACGCCAACGUUUUUCUAGAAGCCAACGAGGCCACCUUGUCUAUGCCUAUCUGGCCCAAGUCCAUCAGGGAGAACCCCAAAUGUCUGGAGAAGUUUUACCAAAGAGCUCGGGAUGUUCUUGAGCCCACUCAAUACCCAGAUGACUGGCCCGAACUUCCCAAAGUCAAUCUCUUCAAAAAGCAGGCUGCCGCUCUUGGCAUGUCCGACAAGUUCAAAAUGGUCCCUCAGACAACUAGAUUCCGCAAUGGUCCCAACAGUACUGGUGUGGAGAUGUCUCCAUCAGCCUUGACCGGCCAGGACUGCACUGGUGUCAAUGAUGGCUCCAAAUCGACUACAUUGGUGACUUACCUGGCUGAUGCCUGGAACUGGGGCGCAGAAAUGUUCUGCGAGAGCGAGGUUCGUUUCAUCAAGAAGGCCGACCCGCGCAUUGGAGGGUACCUCAUUUUCUUCGCCUGGCAUGGCCGGAACCGAGGUCACUUCAAGGCCAAUCUCCACGGAGACUUGAUGUGGGUGCAUGCGAAGGAGUGCGUGUUCCUCGGUGCCGGUGCUAUUGGUAGCACUGAGAUCCUUCUCCGUAGCAAGGAGAUGGGACUGCCCCUGAGUCCCCGCGUCGGCGAAAACAUGAGCGGCAAUGGCGACAUGCUAGCCUUUGGAUAUAACAUGGACGAGGAGGCGAACGCGAUCGGGAAGCCCUUCCCCAACCCGUAUAACCCUAUCGGACCUACCAUCAACUCCGUUAUUGAUGACCGCGAAGGGCACGAGAACCCUCUUGAUGGAUAUGUCAUCCAAGAAGGAGCUAUCCCUCGUUCUUUGACACCGUUCCUUCAGACAUUAUUGGAGAUGAUGCCUGGCAGCAUUGAAGCCACUGGAGAACCGUUCCAGGAGAAGGUCCGGUCUGCCUUUGCUCGGUACUCGAGCCAUCUAUUCGGCGCGUAUCGCCAGGGCGGAUCAAUGGAUAACACUCAGGUCUACCUGGUUAUGUCCCAUGACAGCAGUCAGGCCAUGCUUACACUCAAGGAUGACAAGCCAGUCCUUGAGUUCCUCGGGGUUGGUCGUAGCGAUCACGUCCGCAAACUCAAUGAUCUGCUAGCAAAGGCUACGCAGGCCAUGGGUGGAACCUUUGUCAAGAACCCUUUCGAUGCCUUGAUGGGAGGUCAGCAAGUGACCGUUCAUCCUAUCGGUGGAGCUUGCAUGGCCCGCGAUGAUACUGGCGCCACCGGUGUCACCAACGAUGUUGGUGAGGUAUUCGCCGGAGACGACGACGAGACACACCCUGGGUUUAUCAUCACUGAUGCCUCCGUCAUUCCCGGUGCCAUUGGUGUCAACCCCUUUGCUACUAUUACAGCCCUGGCCGAGCGGUCCGUCGACGCUCACAUCCACAGGAGAAACCUCAAGAUUCACCCCAACGAGAACGGCAUCUUGGACCUAUUCGGGGAGCCUCAGUUUGCCCCCAAAGAAUCCCAUGAGACGGCAGAGACUGAAGUCGAGAUCAAGAGAAUUGAUGAAGCAAGCUCACUCAUUCGCCAUGCCGACCAGUCCAAGGCUGGAGGAUUCGGCUUCACCGAAGUCAUGUCUGGUUUCGUUCAUCGCGACGAUGGGCUCGUGACUGACAAGCGGGCCACCUAUGAGUUGGCCUACCGAGCAGCCAAGAGCCUUUGUGAGAGCGCCAGAUUCUUCCUCAGUGUGCAGGCCUUCAACACGAAGUCCAUGAUCAAGGAGCCCGACCACUCUGCCAUGCUGACGGGUACCUUUGUCUGCCCCUCUCUUCGCGGUUCUCCUUUUAUGGUCCAGAGAGGUGACUUCAAUCUCUUCAUUCUCGACCAGAAGGCACCGGGAACUCGGAACAUGACGUACGACUUUGACCUCCGGGGCAUCCACGGCGAGAAGUACCAUUUCCAUGGAUACAAGGUCGUCGAUUCCUCCGUCGCCCUGGCCCCCUGGCAGUUCUGGAAGGCCACGAGCACACUCUAUGUCACCAUCACCGAGCACAGUCGCGACCUGGAGGCCGUCCACGACUGUGACGAGCCGUGGCGCCGCGGAAAGGUCGUUGCCAAGGGCAUCAUGCACAUCCAGUUCGCCGACUUUGUCUCUCAGAUCAUGACCAUGACCCCAACGGGAAGCAGUCUCAUAAAGAAGGCCUACAGCGCGGCGAGCUUCCUCACCUACUUUACUCGCAAGUCGCUCUCCCUUUUCCUGGCGCCCUUCACUCCUAUCCAAUACCCCAGCGUCACCUACAACGGUUACGUCAACGACACUCCUCCCAAGGCAUCCUUCGUCAUCGUCGCACGAGACGGCGUCAAGACGCGCAUGCACAUGUGGGAGCCGACCAACCCGAGCAUUGAGACCAAGAACCUCUUCAUGAUCCCGGGUGCCGCAGUCGAUCACCAGAUCUACGCUCUGCCCACGAUCAAGUACAAUGCGGUCAACUACUUCACCCGCGCCGGCUACCGCGUCUUCAUCGCCGUCCACCGCAUCGGCCAACUCAUGGUCGCCCAGAACAACUGGACGACCUACGAUGCCCGCCUGGACCUGCGGGCCUGCAUCGAGUACAUUCGUGAAAAGUACGCCGACGGCAACUCCCAGGAGAACAAGGUGUACUGCAUCGCCCACUGCAUGGGCAGCGUCGCCUUCUCCACCGGUCUCCUGGACGGCACCAUCCCCUCCAACUGGGUCCACGGCAUCACCUGCAGCCAGGUCUUCAUGAACCCGAUCUGGGCGACCCUCAACAUGGCAAAGGUCAAGGUCGGCCCCAUCCCCAUGGACAAGCUCUACAAAAUGGUCCUCGGCAACUGGUUCUCCUGCAGCACGGCCAAGGACGACAGCUUCCUCCAGCGCGCCCUCAACGAGGCCCUCAGACUCUACCCCGAAGAGCGCAAGGAGAUCUGCAACAACGCCAGCUGCCACCGCUGCACCCUCGUUUUCGGCCGCUGCUGGAACCACAACAACCUCAACGAGGCGACGCACCGCCAAAUCGACCGAUUCUUCGGCGGCGUCAACAUGACGCAGCUCCAGCUCCUCAUGAAGCAAGGCUCCGAGGGCCACGUCAUGACAAACGGCCCGCUCUUCCGCCCGCUCACGACGCCCGACAAUAUUCGUCGCCUCCGCGGCGUCCCCGUCAUGCUCUUCGUCGGCCGGGACAACGCCGUGCUCACCCCCGAGGCGACGGAGCGCACGUACGAGAUCCUCUGCGACACUUUUGGCUCGCAUGGCGGAGACGGCCCGAACGGUGGACUCCAGUACCGCCGUCGCGUCGUCCCUGGGUACGGGCACCUCGACUGCUGGAUGGGACGCAACGCGUGGAAGGACGUGUACCCGUUUGUCAGGGAGGAGGUCGAUCGCGUUGUCCGCGGCGAAGAGUACCACUUUGUCGACCCUGAUGAUAAGUUCUCUCGCAUGGUGGACAGCGGUGAGCUGCUCUACUAA